CAUUUAUUCAUCCGGUGUGGUUUCAGGAUGUCCUUGACGACUUCCACAUGGACAUUGCCCAGCUCUUACAGCUUCACACGCAAGACUUGGAAUGGAUCGAACUUGAUGACAUUCUUGAAGACUUGUGGGAAAAGAGGAUACUCGAUCGUGGGACACAUGCAGAUGAUAUCAAGAACAAAGGAUCUUUCAAAGAAAAGGUCUCCUACCUGCAAGAAACCCUCUCACCGAAGGGAGAGUAUGGUGUUCAUGCGUUCAUUGAAUCCUUACGGGAAAAGGGGCAUAGAAGUUUGGCAGCCAGAAUGACGAUAGCGAGAGGUGAUCGGCCAACUUCCCCGCGAGGUUUCGUCCAGGCAAAAUGGGACUUCCUAUUGGAUCACUUGAGAGACGACAAACUGGCAAUGCCUCUCCUUGAGGCUGGCAUUCUGUCAUUAGAAGAUUUGGAUGACAUUAGAACACCUUUGAAGGAGCUGGAAAGAAAUCGCAUCUUGUUGAUGAAAUUACCGGGUAGAGUCAAUAAAAACAACUUUGAGGAUUUCCUCAGGGUUCUGGACAUAGCUGGACUUGACACAGUCUCCAAGGAACUUCAGACUCAGUGGGAGGCGUCAACAGGAGUUCCUGAGAAGGCUCCAGGAUCAAAUGGAGCUAAACCUACAAGUUUUCCUCCAGCCGCGUGCCUCCCGGAAUCUCGGCCAGCGGCUCCAGUCCUCGAAGGCAUCCGCCUCGUCCGUCCUAGUAGCAGGUGCCUCGUGGAGCUGGAAGUCCUGGUGGGGAUCAAAAUGCAGACCUGGCACCUGGCUUUUCUCAUCGCGUGCAACGAAAUGCUUUCAGAAGGGAGCAAAGAGGAAAUCCGACUCCGAAAGGCCCUCUUCACCGACUACCCGAUGGUGCGACCCAUCGACGACCCCAACCUGCCUCUCGUGGUCGGCGUCCGGCUCGGCCUCUUCCAGAUCAUAGAACUGGACGAGAGGAACCAGGCGCUGAGCACCCGUGUGGAGGUCAUCGAACGGUGGAAUGACACGUACAUCAACUGGAACCCGGAGGAAUUUGGGGGGAUCCGGCAGAUUAUAGUCCCUAUUAACAACAUUUGGAUUCCGGACAUCAUCCUCUACAACAGCGUGUCGACGAACUACCGUGAACGGCAGCUGCGGACGAACGCGAUCGUGAGCCACAAGGGCGAGGUGACACUCCUCACGGCAGCUGUCUUCUGCUCCUUCUGCAACGUUGACGUCAAGUACUUCCCGUUCGACGUCCAGACCUGCAAGAUGAGGUUCAUGACCUUGACCUAUGACCACACACAGAUUCGGCUGCAGACGGACCACGACCCAAGUAUCGACCUGCUCUCGUACGCGGAGAACGACGAGUUCCGCCUCACCUCCUACAAAGCGGAAGAGAGGAUCGAUCCAGACCCCUGCUGCGACGAAGAUUUCUCGGUCGUUCUGUACUCCAUCCGGAUCCAGCGUCGGCCAGGGUUCUUCUUCCUCAAUUACAUUCUCCCCAUGAUGAUCAUCAAUGUCAUGGGUAGCUCAUUGCUAUGCACUACUGCUAUUGCGAUGAAGCUCGGAGAGCUAAAGACCUCCCUUCACGUGAUUCCAGCCCUGCUGUCCUUCCUGAUGCCCUGCGAGAGCGGGGAGAAGGUGACGCUGGGGAUCUCCGCCAUGCUCAACAUGGUCAUCAUCCUCAUGGGCCUCCGGGACGUCCUCCCGCCCACAGAGAACACGCCACUCAUCGGGAAAUUCUACUGCGCCUGCGUCUUCCUGGUGGCGGUGGAGGUGAUGCUCAACAUCUUCACCUUGUACCUUUACCACCUGAGAGGAGUCCGGCCGCUCCCGCAGGCCAUGCAGACCCUGUGCCGAGUACUGGCCAGACGUCAUGCUUACGCCAUGCUCAUCGUUCUGCAAUCUGCCCUGAUACAGGCCAAGGGAAGAACGGAUGGGGGCGAGAUGCACAAGAUGGUAUCGCGACGCCCGUCCGCGAAGAGUGCUACUGAAGAAUCUAUUCGGAUGGAGCCUGUCUCAGAGAUUGACGCGAAAUUGAGCAGGCUCCUGUCCCUCUUGGAAUCCCGGGAGAAGCGGGAAAUGGAAAGGGAGUCGAAGCAUGGGAAAGCGGGAGAAGGGGAAGGAGGAGACGGGAACGAACUCGAGAACUGGCGGACGGUGUCGCGGAUCCUGGAUCGAUUCUUCCUCAAUCUCUUCUUCUUCCUCAACGUCGGCUUCUCCGCAGGCAUCCUCCUCUCCUCUCCUGGGGACUGAAAGCCCGACCGGAUCCGGCCAAUCGACGGAAGUGGGAUGCAGUGGACCGUGCACCGAUGGUUAAAUGCCGUCUCAGGAAAAAUCAUGAGAAUCGUUUACCUCUCUCCUUUAUGGUUACGAUGAAAUGAAACCGCGGUGAAGAAAGAAAAAUCUCAACUCCCUACCUCUUUUGUCGGGCGAUUAAUUUGUAUAGUAUUGCCCCGAAUGGGUAUCCAUUGUAAUAAAUUUAACACACAGACC